AUGGCUAAUUCAGAGCAUCCAACAACCAACGAUAUCAUUGCAGCUGAUGUUCUUCUUCACGACCCAACUUCAUCAUCAGUGAAUACAAUGGCAGGUGGUCCACCACAAUUACCAUCAAAUAUAUUACAAAUAAUCGAUCAUGAACUCAACUCGCCUAGUGUUCCUUCUCUUGCUGAUAUUCAAGCAUUUCCAAUAGCAGCUUAUUUCAAUAAAACAGUGACUCCAAUUAUUAUUGAAGGCCUAUCUGUUGUAGCAAAAGAACGACCGAAAAAACCAAUCGAAUAUUUGGCUGCGUUUUUAAUUAAAAAUAGAGAACGAUUUGGUGAAAGUGCUUAG